GGAGGAGUCACCUGAUGUGCUGCGGACAGACGAGCCCGUGAAGCGGGGUAGAGCGCGGGGGAGCUUGUUACGGGCCACGAUGCUGCCUCAAGCCUUGACCUGAAGACCCAGACUGCAACUGCUACCUGGUGUGACCCUGGCCUGCCCCUGGUAAUUCGCUGAGUGACCACCUAUAGCCUGGUUGGCCCUGACGGUGCCGGCAGCAGGAUACCGCCCACCAUGGACGCGUCCCGGCUGGAGCUUGUGCAGGCGCUGAAUGGGCGGCGCCGCCAGGUGCUGGCGCUGUUCCUGGCCUCACAGCGCCGUGUCCGCCACCUCCUAGUGACCCUCACCAGCCUGACGGCCCAGCUGUGCGAGCUGUUCUUCCGGACCUGCUCCCGGGAGGCGACAGCGGUUGAAGCCCUCACCAGGCACAGGGUGGAGCUAUGUGGCCUCCUGUCGGCUGGUGACUGUGAGCUGCCAGAGGAUGAGGACAUCCGGGACACGAAUCAGGAUGGCCUGCUUUGGGACCACCUCCAGACCGUCUACCGCCAGUUCUGGGUACGGGAGAAAAGCGGGGACUGGUGGGAGAGGGUUGUACUGCAGACGUGGGAUGACCGGCACUGGCUCGAGAACUUCCGAAUGACAAAGGCCACAUUCUUGGAGAUCUGCAUGGAGUUGACCCCAGAGCUGUGGAGGCGGACCACCAAUAUGCGACUGCCCCUGACCGUGGAGAAGCGGGUGGCCAUUGCCAUUUGGAAACUGGCAAACCCCAAUUGCCACCGAUCUGUAUCCAACCAGUUUGGCGUGGGCAAAUCCACCGCUGGCUCUGCUGUUCGGGAGGUAUGUGCAGCCAUCAAGAAAGUGCUGGGCCCACGCUUCCUCAGACUCUCCGACCCCCAGGAGGUCAUUGAUGGUUUUGCCUACAUGGGUUUCCCAAAUUGCAUUGGCGCGAUUGAUGGCACACACAUCCCAAUCCUCUGUCCUCCCCACCGUAGCUCAGAGUACAUAAACAAAAAGGGCUACUUCUCUAUAGUGCUGCAGGGUGUUGUGGACCAUCGUGGGAGAUUCACACACGUCACUACUGGAUGUGCCGGCAAGGUGCAUGAUGCCAGGGUCUUCCGCAACUCCAGCCUUGUUCCACUGAUGAGGCGGGGAGCAUUUGCCCGUGGCGCUUCCAGCAUUGAAAUCAAUGGAGUGACCAUCCCCCCACUGAUCAUUGGUGACCCAGCUUACCCACUCCUUCCAUGGCUCAUGAAGCCAUACACAGGACACCUGGACCCAAGGAAAGAACUUUUCAACUUCCAGCUAAGCAACUGCCGGUUGAUGACUGUUGAAUGCGCCUUCAAACGGCUCAAAACUAGGUGGAGAACCCUCAAUGUCCGGCUGGAUGCCUCAGAACGUUACCUGCCAAAUAUGGUGAUGGCUUGUUGUGUCCUACACAACAUCUGUGAGACGAGGGGUGAACAACUGGGGGUUGGGUGGGCCGCGGAGGCAGAGAGGCUUUCCCAGCGCUAUGAACAACCAGAGCCAGCACCCCUUGUGAAUCACAAUCAGCAAGGGAACCUCGUCAGGGAGACCAUAGCUAACUACUUUGCGCAGGGACUGGAGCUACAGGUGUGAGGCAGGGCCUACCCUUUUGUAAUGUGUGUUGUUAGGGGCCAGAGACAAUAAAGCCCACUAAAAAAACAAGCUGUUUUUAUAUAACAAUCAAAUUAACAAGUAAACAUUUCAAACUAGAAAAAGGAAGUACCUUCGUAUUGAAAAAAGGGUCAAGGGGAAAACUGUUUACAUUCCUGGGAAGGCUGGGGGAGCCAGGCAA